AUGCUGAGAACGGCAUUUAGGAAAAAUAUUGGCCUCAGGCUGUUUUCGAAAGAGGCAACGCCUUAUGACAAGACGAUUAAGAAUUUGCUUUUGACCAAAGAUACCAAGGUGAUUAUCCAGGGUUUCACCGGGAAACAAGCGACAUUCCACGCCAAGUUAUCUCAGGAAUACGGCACUAACAUCGUGGGUGGGACUAAUCCAAAGAAAGCGGGCCAAGUACAUCUUGGUCAGCCAGUUUUCGCAACGGUGGCCGAAGCUGUCAAGGAGACGGGCGCUACUGCGACGGGUAUAUUCGUGCCACCCCCAAUUGCAGCCAAAGCGAUCCGUGAGGCCAUUGAGUCGGAAAUUCCUCUUGCGGUGUGUAUCACAGAAGGUAUUCCCCAGCACGAUCUGCUCUACAUCGCAGAGAUGCUCAAGACACAGGACAAGACACGUUUUGUGGGGCCCAACUGCCCUGGUAUUCUGUCGCCAAGCGCGCGCGUGCGGAUCGGCAUUCAACCCUCCAAGAUUUUCAAGCCAGGAAAGAUCGGUAUCGUGUCCAAGUCUGGUACGUUAACAUACGAGGCCGUGCAGCAGACUACCUUGACGGGGUUGGGCCAGUCAUUGGUGCUAGGUAUCGGUGGUGACGCGUUUCCUGGUACCGAUUUUAUCGAUGCACUCAAAUUCUUCAUGAAUGAUGAAACCACGGAAGGUAUUGUCAUCCUGGGUGAAAUUGGUGGUGUCGCGGAGAUCGAAGCUGCCGAAUUCCUCAAGCAAUACAACUUAACCCGUGAGAAGCCCAUGCCAGUAGCCUCCUUCAUUGCGGGAACAGUCGCAGGUCAAAUGAAGGGUGUCAGAAUGGGUCACUCCGGUGCAAUUGUAGAGGGUUCCGGCACCGACGCUGAGUCCAAGAAGACUGCUCUAAGGGCAGCUGGCGUCGCCGUCGUCGAAUCUCCUGGUCACCUAGGCGCAGCUCUGUUGAAGCAAUUUGCUCAAUUGUGA